AUGGAAGAUCGGGUUGGAAAACGAGACAAGGAAUUGCCCAAGGACAAGGAUGGCCAUACAGAACAUAAUGCAGCAACAGAUUAUACAGCGAAUGAAAGAUCUGGUGUUGCUCCUGACGGUGCAUGGGGAUGGGUAAUUGUAGCGGCAACCUUUAUGGUUCUAUUUAUUGUCAAAGGGUCUCAUCAUUCCAUUGGUUUAUUCUUUGCUGCGAUAAUGGAUCACUUUGAUGAGGGUGCCGGAGAUACGUCAUGGAUGGCGUCGACACAAGUUACAAUCAGUCUCUGUUUUGGACCUAUAGCUGCCGUUCUCAGUAAUCGGUUCAGUCAUCGCAGCGUUGUAGUCACCGGAGGAUUGGUAACAUCUAUGUCACUCUUUGCGAGUGCAUUCGCUCCAAAUAUUGCAUUUAUUACUGUGACGUUUGGGUUUCUUGUCGGUGUUGGCCAUGGUUUGACACGUGGUCCCUCAGGUGCUAUGGUUGGUAGGUAUUUUAAAAAACGCUACGCCAUAGCCAGUGGCAUCUCUGCAGUUGGCGGCGGAUUUGGGUCAUUUGUCCUUGCUCCGUUACAGCGGUUCUUGAUUGAUAAUUAUGGAUGGAGUGGCGCAUUUAUUGUGGUAGCUGGGAUUGUUCUGCAUUUAUGUAUCAGUGGAUUACUCCUUCGGCCAAUUCAUUUAGGAAAUAAUAUCAAAGACACAGAUGAACUUAAGAUAGAACAAGACGUUAAGGAAUGUGCUACACACGAAUCCACCUAUGUGAGCACGAAUAAUUUGGACCAUGUAAUUAACAGGGCCUGGUGUUGCAAGGAUGUUCUCUCUGUAUGUGGCCACCUAGGAUUACAUCUUUUCACGGACGCUAUGUUUUCUAUUCUAAUGAUUCAUGCACUCUUAUUCGGAUUUGGAGUCAACGUUCCCGCAAUACAUAUUGUGAAACGAGCUGAUAACAUCGGUGUUACUAGAUCGGAGUCUGCUGUGAUGUUAUCUGUGUUUGGGAUCACGCUGAUGAUAUCUGCAGUCGCGCAAGGAUUUGUUGUUGACUUGUUACAUUUGUGUAAAAUAAAGUCGUACGGAGCUGGCUGUUUUUUAUUUGGACUGUGUAUUAUAAUCGUACCCGCGACCGACGAUUUCAUCUCUAUGUGUGUUGUCAUGGCAAUAUUGGGGGCAGCCAGAGGUGUAUUUGCUGCAUUGCAUGUUGUUGUUACAAAAACUGUUGUUGGUGCGGAAAAGCUCACUAGUGGUUAUGGUCUUUAUCUUUUCUUUGUUGGACUAGGCCAACUGAUAGGACCAGUCGCUGCAGGUUAUCUAUAUGAUGCUACUGGCAAUUAUGAUGCGUCUUUUUAUUUUGGAGGAAGUUGUGUCGUUGGUAGCGUUUUAAUCCUCCUGAUAGGUCAAUAUAUAGUUAAAAAUAAAGCUAAGAAGAGGGACAGGCAAACCGAGUUGCAGAAGCUUGGGUAUACAAGAUACACUAUAACUAAAAGUGAUAAUAACGUUACGCAGACGACACGUAUUGAAAGCAAUGACAUGCCUCCGUGCGAAGAGCUCUUAGUAGCGGAACACGUAACCAGUUUUGACAGCAUAGCCAAAGUUGCAACAAACAGACAGGGUGUUGUUGCUCCUGACGGUGGUUGGGGAUGGAUGGUUGUUGCUGCAAGGUUUAUGACUCUAUUUAUCAUCAAAGGGUCUCAUCACUCUAUUGGUUUAUUCUUUGCUGCGAUAAUGGAUCACUUUAAUGAGGGUGCCGGGGAUACAUCAUGGAUGGUAUCAACUCAAGUUGCUAUCAGUCUCUGUAUGGGACCUAUAGCUGCUGCUCUCAGUAAUCGGUUCAGUCAUCGUAGUGUUACUUUCAUCGGGGGAGUGAUAACAUCAAUGUCUCUGUUUGUCAGUGCAUUCGCUCCAAAUAUUGCAUUUAUUACAGUGACGUAUGGGGUUCUUGUCGGUGUCGGCCAUGGUUUAGCACGUACUCCCUCAGCUGCUAUGGUUGGUAGGUAUUUUAAAAGACGCUACGCCAUAGCCAAUGGUAUUGCUGCAGUUGGUAGUGGAUGUGGUUCAUUUGUCCUGGCUCCGUUACAACGAUUCUUGAUUAAUUACUAUGGAUGGAGUGGCGCGUUUAUUGUGGUAGCUGGGAUUGCUCUGAAUUUAUGUAUCAGUGGAUUACUCCUUCGGCCAAUUUAUUUAGCGAAAAUUAUUAAUGAUGAAGAUGAAUUUAGGUUAGAGGAAGAGAUUGAAGAAUCUGCUGCACACGAUACUGCUGAUGUGACCACUAAUAACGAUUUGGAAAAGAAACAUGUUCGCAUAUGGUGCUUUGAAACUUUUCUUACUGUAUGUCGCCACCUAGGAUUACAUCUGUUCACGGAUGCAAUGUUUUCGAUUCUAAUGAUAAAUUCACUCUUAUUCGGAUUUGGAGUUAACAUUCCUGCAAUACAUAUCGUGAAACGAGCUGAUAACAUUGGGGUUACUAGAUCGGAAUCUGCUGUGAUGUUGUCUGUUUUUGGGAUCACGAUGAUGGUAUCUGCAGUCACACAAGGAUUUGUUGUUGAUUUUUUACAUUUGUGUAAAAUAAAGUCGUACGGAGCUGCAUGCUUCUUAUUUGGAAUGUGUACUCUCAUCAUACCCAUGACAAACAACUUCAUCUCUAUGUGUGUUGUCAUGGCAAUUAUGGGUGUAGCAAGAGGUGUAUUUGCUGCACUGCAGGUUGUUGCCACAAAAGCUGUUGUCGGUCCCGAGAAGCUUACGAGUGGGUAUGGACUUUCACUUUUCAUGGUUGGACUAGGCCAAUUGAUAGGACCAGUAACUGCAGGUUAUCUAUAUGAUGUUACUGGGAAUUAUGAUGCGUCUUUUUAUUUCGGAGGAUGUUGUAUCAUUGCCAGCGUGUUGAUUCUAAUGGUAGGACAGUAUGUAGUCGAUCAUAAACAUAAGAAAAAGCAAAGACAACAUACUGAGUUGCGAGGAAUUGAAUACAGCCAUUCUAAGGCUAAGGAGUCAGUUACUUGUCGGAGUUUCACGGAUGCUAUGCAGAAAAAAGAUAGUAAAAGCAGUGAUAGACCUGAAUGUGACGAACUUCUAGUUGAUAAAAGCGAAUCAAGUGUGUGA